AUGACCCCAAUUUUGGUGUGGGGAUAUUCAACCAUUGCUGUUGUGGUCAUCAGUUUGGUUGGGCUUCUUGGUGUAGCCAUUGUCCCUAUCAUGCAGAAAGUCUUUUACAACCACCUGCUCCUGUUCCUAGUGGCUCUGGCUGUGGGGGCCCUAGCAGGGGACGCCUUAUUACAUCUCCUACCACAUGUAAGUAAUAAUAUAAAUAUAAGUGGUCAGGGGGUCGGCGGGUUUCUCCUCGUCUGGCACCAUUUCCCAUCGUAUUUUCCAUCUGGCUCCUUCCCUCUGGUAGGCUUGGCGUCCAAAGCCAAGGUGUUCUUCGUAGGUUACAAAGAUAAACUCAGCCAUGAUAUCGUCCAAGUUCCUCAGAAAAAUGGGUAUCAGAUAUUGAGCUUUGAACCUUUUCUGUGGAACAAGGAGUCUAGUCUCGAGCUCACUAAGGAAGUGGUCAUUGAAGGGGUAGUAGAGAGCUCUCCUCCAAUACUGGGGUUGAAAAUAUGUUUUAUUCUGUUUUUAGCCCUCACCAACUUCGCAGAGUCAUCCCAUAAGAAUUGUUCACGUGACCAUGAGGACCACAAUGACAAGGACAAACAGUUUGACAUGGUUGAUCAGGAGAACCCCAGUUCCGUGCUCAGCCAUUCCCAUCAUCAUCAUGGACACUCCCACAUACUGCCAACUUCUGUGGCGUCCAUUGCAUGGAUGAUCAUUCUUGGAGAUGGAAUCCACAAAGUCUGUGACGGGUUGGCGAUUGGCGCAGCCUUCUCAAACUCCAUAACUGGUGGCUUCACUACAUCUGUGGCCGUUUUCUGCCAUGAGCUACCUCAUGAAAUUGGUGAUUUUGCUGUGUUGCUGAGGGCAGGAAUGACGGUAAAACAGGCAGUCAUGUAUAACUGUGUGUCCUCCAUCCUCGCAUUCGUUGGCAUGAUAAUUGGUGUUGCUAUUGGAAAUUUCGGGGACUCCAUUACCUGGGUGUACGUGUCGGUGGCGGGCAUGUUCCUGUACAUAGCACUCGUUGAUAUGUUGCCGGAGUUAACCGCCAUGGACACGCGUCAAGGUGAACAUCCAUUUUCCCACCUUCUCAUCCAGUUAAGCGGCAUGAUCCUAGGGUCAACCAUUAUGCUUAUCAUCGCUCUGUAUGAAAAAAACUUGAUGCACAUCUUGGAACCAGUGUAAUUUCUGAAGCCGCUAGCACAAUGUUCGUGGAGAAGUGACCAAGUGAGGAACUGUUAUGGAUCUGGUAUAACUGGGAAACAGCCAGCACAGGGAUCAUGAAACCUGAAAGAAAAAGUCAAGAUCUUUCAUCUUACACAUUCCUACUAAAAUAUUAUACAUAUUGAUACCUUGUGUCAAAGGUUUGCAGUCAGCAACAUCUAAAUGCAAACAAAAUCUGAAAUCUGUUUAAAAUGUUUGUCAAGGGAGAUAACUCAGUUAUAAAACCGUUUGAUAGGUGGAAUGAUCAACAUUGAAAUAACAUGUUACUUCUAAACCCUAUAAUCGGAUGCUGUCCUUUUGACCUUUGAUUUAUAUAAAGAUUUUUAGGUCACCUGAGCUUUGCUCAAGUGACCCAUUCUAAUAGCUUUCCGUCCG